AUGGGAGAGUGGUGGUGGUGUUUAUUAGUCAUAACGGUGUCUCUAGCCACCGUUCAUGGUGGCAAUGUUACUUACGACAGAACAUCGUUAAUCAUUGAUGGAGAGCAUCAAAUCCUCUUCUCCGGUUCAAUUCACUAUCCUCGUAGUACUCCUCAGAUGUGGCCUGACUUAAUUGCCAAAGCCAAGGAAGGAGGAUUAGAUGUCAUACAAACUUACGUAUUUUGGAAUCUUCAUGAGCCUCAACAAGCCAAAUACGAGUUUAGUGGAAGACUUGAUUUAGUGGGAUUCAUUAAAGAAAUCCAAGCACAAGGUUUAUAUGUCACCCUUCGAAUUGGACCUUACAUUGAGAGUGAAUGUACUUAUGGGGGUCUACCAUUAUGGUUACAUGAUAUUCCAGGAAUUGUAUUUAGAUCUGAUAAUGAUCAAUUCAAGUUUCAAAUGCAAAGAUUCACUACCAAAAUAGUUGACAUGAUGAAAUCAGCCAAUCUUUUUGCUUCACAAGGAGGGCCUAUCAUACUAUCUCAGAUUGAAAAUGAAUAUGGAAACAUCGAAAGUGCGUUUAAAGAGAGUGGACUGACCUAUAUUCGUUGGGCCGCCCAAAUGGCCGUGGGACUUCAAACGGGUGUGCCUUGGGUAAUGUGUAAACAAGACAAUGCUCCUGAUCCAGUGAUCAACGCAUGCAAUGGCAUGCAAUGUGGGACAACAUUUAAGGGACCAAACUCGCCUAACAAGCCUUCACUAUGGACAGAGAAUUGGACUAGUUUUUAUCAAGCCUUUGGUGGAAAACCAUACUUGAGAUCAGCUUCAGACAUUGCAUAUAACGUCGCCUUGUUCAUUGCAAAGAAAGGAAGUUAUGUCAAUUACUACAUGUACCAUGGAGGAACCAAUUUUGAUCGAUUGGCCUCCGCUUUCAUAACAACUGCUUAUUAUGAUGAAGCUCCACUGGACGAAUACGGUUUGGUUAGGCAACCAAAAUGGGGACAUCUUAAAGACCUACAUGCUGCAGUCAAGUCAUGUUCACAACCUCUACUUUAUGGAACUCAAACCACAUUAAGCUUAGGCUCGCAACAACAAGCUUAUAUUUUCAAAAGCUCCACGGAAUGUGCCGCCUUCUUGGAAAAUAGUGGACCUGGGGAUGUCACAAUCCAAUUUCAAAAUACUCCGUAUCAAUUGCCCAGAAAAUCAAUCAGUAUUCUACCAGACUGCAAGAAUGUAGUCUUCAAUACUGGCAAGUUGAGUAUACAGAACAAUGCCAGAGAAAUGAGAACACAAUUAGAGUUCAACUCAGCUGAAAAAUGGAAAGUGUAUACAGAAGUCAUCCCUAAUUUUGACGAUACUUCUUUAAGAGCAAACACGUUAUUAGAUCAAAUCAGCACAGCAAAAGAUACAUCUGACUAUAUGUGGUACACUUUCAGGCUUAAUGACAACUCUCCUAAUGCUCAAUCUGUUCUUAGUAUAUACAGCGAAGGACAUGUUUUGCAUUCUUUCAUCAAUGGAGUUUUAAAAGGUUCUGCACAUGGAAAUCACGAAAAUUUGAAUGUUGCAAUGGAGGAAAGUGUCAAUCUGAUAAACGGGAUAAACAACAUUUCCAUUCUCAGUGCAACAGUUGGAUUGCCGAACUCAGGAGCAUUUCUGGAGCGAAGAGUUGCUGGUUUGCGUAAAGUGAAUGUUCAAGGAAGAGAUUUAACUAGUUACGCUUGGGGAUAUCAGGUUGGGUUAUUAGGAGAAAAAUUGCAAAUCUUUACAGUCAAUGGAUUAAGUAAAGUUCAGUGGGAAGACUUUCAAAGCUCUACUAAACCACUUACAUGGUAUCAGACCACAUUUGAUGCACCUGCGGGCAAUGAUCCUGUUGCGCUUAACCUUGGUUCCAUGGGAAAGGGACUCACUUGGGUUAAUGGUCAAGGUAUUGGUCGUUACUGGGUAUCUUUUCACACAUCAAACGGUACUCCUUCACAACAAUGGUACCACAUACCCCGUUCCUUCCUCAAAUCUACUGGGAACCUACUUGUUAUACUAGAAGAAGAAACUGGGAACCCCUUAGGAAUCGCUAUAGAUACCGUAUACAACACAAAUUGA